AUGGAUUCAGGAAAAUACGCCAAUGACCCGGAGUGGGCAUCCAUCACCCCAAUCCCGCUGGAUGAUGGGUCCGAAUCCGGUGCGAUGCCGCUGGCAACGAUUGCCUAUCCCUCCGACUACCUCGAGGCGACGUCGUAUUUGCGGGCCGUGAUGGCCGCGAAUGAGAUGUCGGAGCGGGCCUUGAAGUUGACCAAGGACGUGAUCUCCAUGAAUCCCGCACACUACACUGUAUGGAUCUACCGCGCAAAGAUCCUCUUCGCGCUGGACAAAGACCUCUUCGAAGAACUGGAGUGGCUAAACGGCGUCUCACUAAAAUACCUCAAAAAUUACCAAAUCUGGUCUGUAUCCCAGGCACCACCGCCAAGUCCUCAUGGCUUCAAGUGCACACUUCCCCACCCUCCCCCUAAAGAACUAGACUUCCUCAUGGAAAUGCUCGCCGAAGACUCAAAGAACUACCACGUCUGGACAUACCGGCAUUGGCUUGUCCGACACUUCGCGUUGUGGGAUACGCCCCGCGAAGUCGAAGACAUCAACUCCCUCAUCAAAUUAGACGUCCGCAACAACUCCGCCUGGAAUCACCGGUACAUGCUGAAGUUUGGACCGCGCCAGGACGCGCCCGACGCGGGCAUGGCAAAUGCGGGCAAUGCGGCAUUUUCGACGGGUGAGACGGGCGUUUUGCCCGUUAUCGAUGAGGACCUUGUUGAUGAUGCAUAUCAUCAGGGCGCCGGAGAAUCGGAGUCCGUGGUGGUAUGCGCGGGGGUGUUCAGGGCUGCUGGACGAGAUCUUCGAGAGUGGGAGGAGUUUGCCGGGAAGUUUGUUGUUUCGCCGGAUGAGGUGAAGAGUAGUCAUGCCAUUGAGUGGUUGGCGGAUGUUUAUUCGCAGGAUGGGGAGAAGGGGGCUCGCGCUGUGGAGAUGUUGACUCUCCUCGGGGAGAAGUAUGAUCCUAUUCGGAAGAAUUAUUGGGAUUACCGGAUUCAGCAGAUUGCCGUUUGA